AUGUGUGAGCGCAUGGAUCUUUUUGAUGUCAAUGGUCUAGUUUUGCUCCACGCCUCUGGUCUCAAUGCCGUCUCCAGCCGUGAGUCUGGCUGGGUGAUGGACAAGGAGCACUCGGAGCAACUGAGUGACGAAGAGGCAGCUGUUGUACACGACCGCAGACAUAGGAGGAGGAAGAUCUGCCCUCUGUCCCACAUGGUCAUGGACCAGGUGUGUGUGGAGUUUGUCCUGCCCACAGUGGCCCGUGGAGGGAAUGGUCCAGACACCCUGCAGCUGCAAGUGGCCGGCAACUGGACUGUUGAGCAGGUCAAAGCGCAGAAAGGCACAGUGUGUGAGAUCUAUGACAAGCACCAAGUUUUCCAAACACUGGACUGUAUUCGUUACUGGAAAGCCUUGAAGAAAGAUGUUGGCCGAAUCCAGAUGGUGCAGCGGCCACAGCCCACGGAGCAGUCCCUUCAGUACCAGCGCUACCUGAACCGCCUGAUGGGCUAUGACGUCACUGAUGUGAGUAACGUGCAUGACGACGAGCUGGAGUUCACCCGGAGGAAGCUGCUCACCACACGCAAGAUCGAGCUGAGAGACCGAGACCCCAGGCUCUACUGCAUGGACCCCUGGGUGUCCUGCAAACCACUGCCCCAACAUGUACUUAGUAAGGUCAGCAAUGGUUUUAUUCUGUUGGUUAUUCACAUCCAAACUGUCAGUCAAACUAUUAAAGUCUCCAUUGACGACACACCAGAUCAGGUGCUCUCCAGCUUUUUUGCCAAGACUGCAAACAAGAAAGCUCUAUUGGGCAUCCCUGAAGACAGGAGUGAUAAUGACUUUGUGUUGCGAGUUUGUGGAAGGGAAGAGUUUCUGUAUGGGGACAAACCUCUGCAGAACUUUAGGUGGGUGCGACAGUGUCUUAAAAACGGGGAGGAAAUCCACCUGGUUUUAGAGAAGCCCCCAGAUCCAGACCUCGACGUGGUCCAGAAAGAGGACUGGGCCCAAGUGGAUGAUUGCACUGGAGUUGCUGGCACACACGAGCAGCUGACCAUCAGUGAGAAGGACCACGAGCGAGUCUUCACCAUCUCCAUGUGGGACUGUAACAGGAAGUUCAGAGUGAAGAUCUUGGGCAUCGACAUUCCAGCUCUGCCCAAAACCUCUGAGCUCAUCGUCUACAUCGAGGCCAGCAUCUUCCAUGGCCAGCAGCUCCUUGCCCAGGAAAGAACCGCCUCAAAGCCUUUCACUGAGGAAGUUUUGUGGAACUGCUGGUUGGAGUUUAGCAUUAAAAUCAAGGACUUACCUAAAGGGGCACGCCUGAACCUCCAGGUUGUGUGUGGGAAACAAAUCCAAACCCCAAACUCUAAGACUGGCACUUUCCACCAGGACAAUGCUUCUGAGACAACCAGCCGUGAAGGAAAGUCCAAGAAUCGACUGCUGUACUACGUAAACCUGCUCCUCAUUGACCACCGCUCGCUGCUGCGUCAGGGCGAGUUCAUCUUGCACAUGUGGAAGAUGCCUGAGAAGAGCCUGGAGAGCAGCAGCAGUAGCAUCAACGCAGACAAACUCACCUCUGCUACAAACCCCGACAAAACCUCGUCUAUGGCCGUCGCUAUCCUGCUGGACAAGUACUGCUACCCCGUGGUACUGCCCAAGAGCCGGGACACAGCCCGGGAUGUGGGGCGCGAGGCUGGGGAAGAGGAGGGGGAGGGAGGGGUGAGAGUGCAAAGAGAAAUGCCCAAUCACCUGAAGAAACAGUUUGAGGCCAUAGUGAGCACUGACCCUCUGCACCCACUGAGCCCUGAGGACAAGGAGCUGCUGUGGCACUUCAGGCACGAGUGUAUGAAGCAUCCCAGGGCAUACCCAAAGUUACUGGGCUCAGUCCGGUGGGGUAAACAAGAAGAUGUUUUGGCAACACAUCAGCUGUUGGAGCGCAGCAGUGCGUGGGACACAAGUGGUUUGGAUGUGGGCCUGGCCAUGCAGCUGCUGGACUGUCACUACUCAGAUGCCCAGGUUCGCUCUAUGGCCGUGAGGAAACUGGAGACACUGGGGGACGACGACGUGCUCCGAUAUCUGCUCCAGCUUGUACAGGCUGUGAAGUUUGAGCCGUACCAUAACAGUGCACUGGUCAGGUUUCUACUGAAAAGAGCUCUUCGGAGUAAGCGAAUUGGGCAUUUCUUGUUCUGGUUCUUGCGCAGUGAGAUUGCUCAGUCCAUGCACUAUCAGCAGAGGUACGCUGUGCUGCUGGAGGCCUAUCUCAGGGGCUGUGGAGAGGACAUGCUCCUCGAUUUUAAGAAACAGGUGGAUAUGACAGAGGCUCUGCAGAAAGUGACGCGUGAGGUUAAGGCUAUGUCCGCAGACAAGUAUGAUGUCACCGCUCAAGUGGUGUUUCAGCUCCGACAGAAGCUGGAGGCGCUCCAGUCGUCAGGUUUACCAACCAGUUUCAGAGUCCCUUAUGACCCGGGGUUGAGGGCUGGAGCCUUACUGAUUGAGCAGUGUAAAGUCAUGGCAUCCAAGAAGAAGCCCCUGUGGCUCCAGUUCAAGAGAGCUGACCCUACCACUCUGUGCAAAGACUCCAUAGGGAUCAUAUUUAAGGACGGGGACGACCUCAGGCAGGACAUGCUCAUUCUACAGAUUCUGCUCAUCAUGGAGUCCAUCUGGGAGACCGAGUCCCUGGAUCUCUGCUUGUUACCGUACGGCUGCAUCUCCACUGGCAACAGGAUAGGGAUGAUUGAGAUCGUGAAAGAUGCCACCACCAUCGCUAACAUUCAGCAGAGCGUGGUGGGCAGCACAGGGGCCUUUAAGGAUGAGAUCUUGUGCCAGUGGCUCCGGGACAAGUGCAUUUGUGAGGACAAGUUCCAGCAGGCCGUGGAAAAGUUCCUCUUCUCUUGUGGAGGAUACUGUGUGGCCACAUACGUCCUGGGGAUUGGAGACCGCCACAACGACAACAUCAUGAUCACCGAGUCAGGAAACCUCUUCCACAUCGAUUUUGGCCACAUCUUGGGAAACUACAAGAGCUUCAUGGGCAUCAGUAAAGAGUGGGUGCCCUUUGUGCUCACACCAGACUUUCUCUACGUGAUGGGAACGUCCGGCAAGAAAAGCAGCCCAAAUUUCCUCAAAUUCCAGGAUGUAUGCGUAAAGGCUUAUCUCGCUCUUCGGCACCACACAAACCUCCUCAUCAUCCUCUUCUCCAUGAUGCUUAUGACCGGAAUGCCCCAGCUGACCAGUAAAGAAGACAUUGAGUACAUCCGGGAGGCUCUCACUGUGGGCCGCAGUGAAGAAGAGGCCCAGCGCCACCUGAUGGACCAAAUCGAUAUCUGCAGGGAGAAAGGCUGGAUGGUUCAGAUCAACUGGUUUGUCCACCUGGUGCUGGGCAUUAAGCAAGGAGUGGAAAAACGGUCCAAUUAG